AUGAUUCUCUUUUUAUUUAUUACAUUAAUAUUUGCUUCACCAAUAUGUGAUCAAAAUGGUACUUGUAGUAAUGAAAACAAUGAAGAGCAGUUGAAGAUAAAUACAAAAUGGGAUAGUAUAAUUAAUAUAAUGAAAAAUGUUUUAGGACAAAUGUGGAAACACAUAAAAACUGAAGGAAUUCCAAUUGAAUAUACUUGGAAAGAAGUUAACACCUUUUUAAAUGAAGAUUGGAUUGGAAAAAAAAUCAAAGGAUUAAUGAUACUUAGUCCAGAAAUGAGUGAUAUUUUUCAAUCAUUAAAUGAAGCCCAAUCACAACAAUUAAAAGGAGAAACCACUCAUCUACUUGAACAACUAACAAAGAUAGAAAAUUCAUUGAAAGAAUGGAAACAAAUGAUUGGUAAAGAAGGUGCAGCAAAUGAAUUUUUUGAUGACUCAAAAAACGUACAUAAUUUUGUUAGUAAUGGACUUCAACAAAUAAAACCUGAAAAAACUGUAAAAGACUUUGUAAGCUCCUUAGGAAUGAAAUGGUUGUCAUGGGUAUUAAAGAAAAGUGUUAUUAAGAAACGUCAACAACAAAAAACAAAGAAUAAUUAA